CACCUCAUCAGCUCGCCACCGCGCUCUCUCUCCUCCAACCUCGCACACAUCCCUUCCUGAUCUCUCAGUUAUGCCGUCUGCGGCCGUCGUCGGUGGUGGGCCCGUCGGCUGCCUCGCCGCGCUCGGCCUCGCGCACCGCGGCUUUGCCGUGACGAUCUACGAGUCGCGCCCGGCGCCGAUCAGCAGCAGUAACGGCAGCGCUGCCGGGCCCUCGGGGUCGACCGCACGUGCACGCAGCAUUAAUCUCGCCAUUUCCACGCGCGGCAUCAGCGGCCUGCGUGCCGUGGCGCCGGCGCUGCCGGGCAAGAUGGACCUCGCAGACAUGGUCCUUGACGGCGCCGUGCCGAUGCGCGCACGCAUGAUCCACACGGGCCACGAGCAGAACAGCCAGGCGUACAGCGCUGAUGGCGAGUGCAUCAACUCUGUCUCUCGCACACACCUCAACGACUUGCUGCUGCAGCAGGCCGAGAGUCACCCUUCAGUCACCGUCUGCUAUGGGCACAGACUCAAGCGCGCAGACUUUGACAAGGGCGAAAAGGCGCGCAAGGGCAAGGCGCCGGCGGACGCAGAGGGCGAGUGCGAGCUGAUGUUUGGCGUGGACGGGCAAGAGAGCCCUUCCGUCGUCUCUGCCGACCUCGUGCUCGGCUGCGACGGCAUCAACUCUGCCGUGCGCGACCAGCUGGCACGCACGAUCAGUUUCGACUUUGCGCGCAGCUACAUCGACUCGCUCUACGUCGAGCUCUCCAUGCCCGCCAAGCUCGACGCUGCCGGACAGCCCGACUUUGCGCUGGAUCCGCACCACCUGCACAUCUGGCCGCGGCACGACUACAUGCUCAUUGCGCUGCCGAAUCCAGAUCACACCUUUACCUGCACGCUGUUCGCGCCAGCCGGCAUCUUCGAGGAGCACCUCAGCGGGAGGGAGAAGACCCUUGCCUUUUUCGAGGACAAGUUCCCCGAUGCGCUACCCCUCAUGGGCCGCGAUGCCGUGGCGCGCGACAUUGCGGAGCGGCGGCCAAGCCCGCUCGCCAGCGUGCGAUGCCGGCCGUACCACUACAAGGGCCGCGUGCUGCUGCUGGGCGACAGCUCGCAUGCCAUGCUGCCCUUCUACGGCCAAGGCCUCAAUUGCGGCUUUGAGGAUGUGCGCGUGCUGCUCGAGCUCAUCGAUCGGCACGCCGAAGAAGAAGAGAUGCCGCGGCCGACUGCGCCAGCGCCGACCUCGCGCACGCACAGCCGCUCCGACAGCGGCGUGUCCAUGUCGAGCAGGGCGCCAUCGCCGCGCGCCUUGAAGCCUCACGCCGUGUCUGGCGCGCAUCCGAGCACGCAGGCGCUGGAGCGAGCCUUGGCAGAGUACAGUGCCACGCGGCACGACGAUCUGGUGGCCAUCUGUGAUCUGGCACAGAACAACUACUACGAGAUGUGCAGUCGCGUCGUCUCGCGCACCUAUCUCCUGCGCAAGCACUUCGACACGCUCCUCAUGCGCGUCCUGCCCGCCGGCUGGUGGAGCAGUCUCUACGCGAUGGUCACGUUCUCCAACCUCGGCUAUGCGGCUGUCAUGCGUCGCGAGGAACGACAGCGCAGGAUCGUCAGCAAUGUUGCCAUUGCCUCAGGCGUGGGGCUCGCGGCUGCUGCUGGCGUUGGCCUCGCUCGCGCAAGUCGUUUCUGGGCUCAGCGUGCCUGAGAGGAGCUAGACGCAGCUGCAUCGCCUCUUCGCUCGUCAGCCGUCCGGACCCGCUACGCGCCGCAUCACCUCUCGCCUCCAUGACUCCGAAGCGUCUUCCACCUCCAUAGUCUCAAGCGAUACCUCUCUAAUGAUCAGCUCAUUAUCACGCUACUCUGUUCGGUGGUGCGACGCUGCGCUCGUCUCAAGGCGGGCGAGAGAAGCGACGAACAGCUCUACUGUUGCACCGCCGGCGUAGCUGUCGCCGGCCACGCGGACGACGCCGGCAUUAGCCAC